CUUUUUUUCUUUGUCUUCCCCAUCCUUUUUAUGUUCUCGUCUCUCUCUUUCUUUUUUUAUUUUUAACUAUUCCACUUAUUUAAUACAUUUUAUGACUGAAACUCUUACAAAGUUAGCACCUUUUACUCGUUUAUCAGAUAGAGUAUGGCGGGUGUUGGGUGGCAAUCCUGGUCGUUUCACUCUUCAAGGUACAAAUACAUAUCUUAUUGGUACAGGACCACGAAAAUUACUAUUGGAUUGUGGAGAAGGUGUUCCUGACUAUGUACCAUUACUUGAACAGUCAUUACAGGCCAUUUCGCCGCAAGCAUAUAUCUCGGAUGUGAUUAUUUCUCAUGGACAUAAGGAUCAUUUUGGUGGUUUGGAAGGAAUAUUAUCUACACCAUUCUUCCAACGAAAAGGAAUUCGUGUGCACAAAUUCCCCAUAUCUUCUUCUUCUUCUUCUUGUUCAAUAACCAAUGACAACAUUACCGUGAUAGAUACCGCUGACCUUGGUCAUUUACAACAUUUCCCACCUGAUAUUCACGUCCAUCCAUUGCAUGAUCAGCAAGUCUUUCAAACAGAAGGCGCCACCUUGAAAGUAUUGCAUACUCCUGGACAUACACAAGAUCACUGCACGUUUUGGUUGGAAGAGGAACAAAGUGUGUUUACAGCCGAUUGUAUUUUAGGUCAAGGCACGGCUGUUUUUGAAGACCUGUCUGCCUAUCUAGAGGGCUUGAGAUCCAUCUUGCGUUUACAUCCUGUGCGUUUAUACCCUGGCCAUGGCCCUAUUGUAGAACCUGCUCUGCCGAAAAUCAAGGAAUAUAUCGCUCAUCGUGAACAACGGGAACAACAAGUCUUGGAUUUUUUGAACAAACCAUCUACUCCCAUGGAAAUCGUGCAAGUGCUUUAUCGUGAUUAUCCUGCCUCUCUUCACUUGCCUGCUGCUCAUAGCGUCUUGUUACAUCUCUUGAAAUUGGAAAAGGAUCGUCGGGUGACUUGGGAUAAAUCUAAUGAAUCUUCGCCUCCCCAUGGAUCGUGGAAAAGGGCUGAUCUUUUAUCGAAAAAAUGGCAUCGUCUUUAAUUUUUUUCUUUUUUUUUUUAGUUUAGAAUUUGUUGUUAAUAAUAAAGAUAUUCAUGUCUCAUUA